AUCGCCGCUAGAGGGAUCGGGACAGCAAGCAGGAAAUAAAAAAAUUCAGUUUGGAAAUUGACAUAUUUCUCGUGAUUGAAAUUGAUUAUUUUCUGAGUGUAAUUUUGAAUAAGGAAUUCUGAUGUAAACGUCGUACGAGACUUAAUGUUAUGCAUUUAAAUGACACAAUUCUAAAUAUCGAAGAUAAAAGUCAACUAAACACUCUGUUGACCAUUAUCAAGAAUUCUUCGCCUUCUCCAAACAGAAUGGACGAGCAUAGUGUUGAAAGCCUGGCGGAAGUAUUUCGCUGCUUUAUUUGCAUGGAGAAGCUUAGAGAUGCACAUCUGUGUCCCCACUGCUCAAAAUUGUGUUGUUACAUGUGCAUUCGGCGAUGGUUAACCGAGCAAAGGUCACAGUGUCCUCACUGCCGAGCAUCUCUUCACUUGCAUGAAUUGGUUAAUUGUCGCUGGGUAGAGGAAGUGACUCAGCAAUUAGAUACGUUGCAAUUGGUUGGAUCAGCAAAGGGAGAGGUCCCGGAAAAAGAAAAAUGCAAAUCUCAUAAGGAGAAAUUAAGCGUUUAUUGUUGGAACUGUAAAAUGUGUAUCUGUCAUCAGUGUGCGCUUUGGGGCGGAAUGCAUUCGGGACACGUCUUUAAACCUUUGGACGAAGUGUACGAGCAGCACAUCACUCAGAUCAAAGAAGAAGUUAGUCACUUGCGUCGCAGACUAAUGGAACUCAUCAGUUUGGUUCAGGAGGUCGAACGCAAUGUGGAAAGCGUUCGGGUGGCCAAAGACGAACGAGUUCACGAAAUACGCAAUGCAGUAGAAAAUAUGAUAGCUCGUUUGGAUUCCCAGCUGAAGAACAAGCUUCUUACAUUGAUGGGUCAAAAGACAUCGGUUACCAAAGAAACGGAGCAACUAGAAUCAUUAUUACAGUCAGUAGAACAGCAACUCCAUGCGUCAAGUAAGAAUGAACUCAUUAGUAGAAGUGGAGAAAUAUUAAAUAUGAUUGCAGAAGUUCAGCGGAAACCUAUGGCGAGUUUUGUAACCGCGCCCGUUCCGGCCGAUUUUCAGAGUGAGAUAGUUCCGCCUUAUGACAGCAGUACGUUCAUCAUGCAUAAUUUUAGCCUCCUGCAGCAGCGGGCCGAUCCAGUAUACAGCACUCCUCUUUCUGUUUAUGGUCUAACUUGGAGACUAAAGGUUUAUCCUGAUGGAAAUGGUGUCGUUCGAGGAAAUUACUUAUCUGUAUUUCUUGAGCUGUCGGCCGGAUUAUCUGAAACGUCAAAAUACGAAUAUCGAGUGGAAAUGAUACACCAAGGCUCGCACGAUGCAAACAAGAACAUCGUUAGAGAAUUUGCAUCUGAUUUUGAAGUCGGAGAAUGUUGGGGUUACAAUCGAUUUUUCAGACUAGAUCUAUUAGCUAGCGAAGGCUAUCUCAACACGGAAAUGGACACGUUGAUCUUAAGAUUUCAAGUUCGUCCGCCCACAUUUUUCCAAAAGUGUCGUGAUCAGCAAUGGUAUUUAAAUCAAUUGCAGGUGGCUCAAGCUCAGUAUAUUGUACAAAUUAAUGAUCUAAAGGAGAGAUUAGCGAUUGAAUUAUCAAGAAAUCAGGCAAGCUUAGGAACAAAGAAUGAUGUUAUUGCAGAAUUACAACAGGAACAAACUCACACUAUAGCAUCUAAUCCAUCCGUCGUUAGUAUUGGUAACUGCAUAGGAAACAAUAAAAUAAUUUCUGCACUUUCGUCGACAAGUACGUUGCCGGUGACGAUUUCAUCUUCUCUCCCGGUAUCCAUAAUCCCCACGGUUCAAAAUAAAGCCGAAGGCAGCGUAAAACAGUCCAUUCUCAGAGACGUCGCCAGUAAAAGUAACAAUUUUAACUGUGAUAUUAAUGCGGCCGAAGGCUGUACUAAAGAUAACGACAAUGGCAGAGAAGAAGAAGCCCAAAACAGUUCCAAAAUGAGUAGAAAUUAUGUUUGCACACCAGUUGAAAAGAUAAAAAUUAAUCCUUCCAUUUCUCAAAAGAGAAGUCCGAAUUUACAAAAGCCGAGAAAAAACAACAAUAGUUAUAAAGAUCUUCUCGAUUCUUGUGAUGCAUCCUGCGAAGCCGAUUCCACUACCAGCUCUGAUGAAAGCGAAAUUCUCACCGAUAACGAAAACGACAUUACAACAGAAGUCGAAGUGAGUUGCGAAGGAGAAACUGCCGUAGAUGACAAUAGUAACGAUGAAAAGGACAUUGACGAGGAGACGAUGUUUGGAGAAAACGACGUCGAACGAAACAGUAAGAUUGGAUUUUUGCAGCACAGGUGUCGUAAGUGGAACAUACUUCCGACAUCGACGUCGAGUUCCUUGAAUCGAACCUCAGCCUCAAGCGAAGACACUUCAAAUAAUGUCAGCAGCGCGACUGACGACGAAAAUAUGUUACUUCAGCUUUUGGAAAUGCAAGAUAGAAGCUCAUUUCCACACAGAGCCUGGAGUAAAACAUAUUGUCGCAAGCAGAGUAAAAUGAGCAAAGAUAGUCACAGCUGCCCACACACUUUACUUCUAACUUCGUUACUUGCUCGAAAUGUUCCGACAGACUCUGCAUCGAGUAAUAUGGCAUCUUCGACGGUGAUUUCGCCCACCAAAACUUAUUCUUCUAGAAAAAAGUGGGAAGACGGGUUGAACAUUAACAGUUGUCGUCUAGCUGAUUUAGAGCACUGUCCUUCUUCGCCUGAAGCUGAGGCAGACAUUUCAUUGGAACACGGUCCUUUGCCGGAGACUUCGACGUCGGAAAUUGACUGCUUGUCUUCGCUGAGUACUUCACGACUGAGUGAUUCGAGCAAACAACACUUGCAAGCCAACCCGAAAACCGAAGAGCCUGAUUCGUCCGGUCGAUCGGUAGCGGUGGCACUGAGUAAAAUGACAGGAUUAAGUCCAACUAAGUCGGCUUUGACACAAAUACCUAACCCCAUUUGGCAAAUCACUUCGAGGCCGGAUUUUUCGUCGCUCGUCACUUCAUCCUCAUCAUUCACGUCCUCGACGACCACAUCCGCUUCCGGCAGAAGAGCUGCGACGACCGAGAGAAAUUCAGAAGAGAACAAUGAAGAAAAUGAAGAAUUAACUGCGAGUGAUAACAGCAAUGCAGAAAAUUCGCUCGGUUCCGAUACCAGAGGAAACGACAAUCCUUAAAAUGAUUUUAUCAUCAAAUUUCACGGAAAACAAUGCCGCAUUUCAGUAUCUUCUCGACCUACCAAGAUUAAUUUUCGUAACAUACUUUUCACAACAUAUCCGAAAAUAAACCGGACGAUUAAUUUUAUUUUCCUUCAUUUUGUUUUAAUUGCUGGGACCAAAACAAACAGAUUCAAUUGCUCAUUAUUUCCAUAUAAAAAUACUUCAGUUUCUCAUCAAAAUUAUCUUUUUAUACAUUGAAAUACCAUAUUUAUAUACUUACAUACUUACAUACACUCACACACGUAUACACAUGCAGUAGAAUUACUCCCUCGGAGAGACCCCGAAACAACGAUUUCGAAACUCGAUUAGUCGAAUAGGCAAUUUAUAUUAUUUAAUUUUGAUUUUUGUUAAAUUAAUUAAUUAAUAUUAAUUUGUCAUUUUUUUUCUUUGUUAAUGUCUUGAAAUUUUGAAUUUGUAUAUACGAUUGUUUGUGAGGUAAUUGACAGGUUAAUUAUCGAUUACCUGUUUCGUGAUAAUUGUUCUUCCAUUUUAAUUUUUUGUACUUAAAGGUUUGUGUAGUUUCUUUUGUCUAAAUAAAGAAAAGGUUUUCUGAUUUUAAA